AUGCCUGCUGAACGAUCGAGAGCUGUAAAGCGUACGGAAUCUGGAAACAACUUUGUCUGGACGACACCUGUCGCACCCACUUCCACAUUUGAUGAUGCUAUGAUGCCGAGCUUAGUCGAUGUCCCAAUCGACAUGGACGGCCUUCCUCCCCUGGUUGAUGCUCCGCCUCCACCUUCCGAGUUUAUCCUGUUCCCUCCGGCAGAGGAGACCCCGCCUCCUAGGCGCCAGCCCCAUUCCAAGAAAAAACCCGAUAAUCACAUCCCUCGUCCACCUAACGCGUUCAUCCUCUUCCGCUCCUCUUUCAUUAAAGCCCAGCACGUCUCGACGUCGGUCGAGACCAAUCACUCGACUCUCUCAAAGAUCAUAGGUUUGACUUGGCAAGGUCUCCCCGAGGAGGAGCGUAAAGUCUGGCAUGCAAAAGCCAAGGAAGCCCAGGACGAACACAAGCGUAAAUUUCCUCAAUACGCCUUUAGACCGCUUCAGACCAAGAACAAGGGUGGAACGACGGAGAAACGGAAGGUGCGGGAGGUAGAACCGAAAGAUCACAAGCGGUGUGCAAAGAUAGCGCAACUUCUAGUCGAAGGCAAGAAAGGACGGGAGCUCAACGCCGAGAUUCAAGAAUUCGACAAACAUCACGUUCCAGAGAUAAUUACACGCUUCGAGGCCCCCAUCACUGCUCGGGCUUAUCGCCGUUCGUCAUCUGCCCCCGUUCCAGAGACAGAAAAUUCCCGCGCAACUCAGACUUUCCUCCCAUCCGCGGUUUCGGCGCCAAUUCGGAGGAUUCGCUCAUCCAGUUCAAAGCCCAGUCGAUGUUCGACUCCUGCUUCGCCGCCUCAGGCUGAGAUGCACCUCCUUGCUGACACCGCCGCCGCCGCUAUGAGCGCGCAGUCCAUGGCACUUAAGCGAGAAUCUUCCCUGGAUUUCAAUUCGUUCUCCUUCGACAAUGUCAAUUCUCCCCUUCCGUCCUUCUUCUGCGAUCCCCUGUCAGACGGUAUGGCCCUCCAACAGACAACGGAUGCCUUCGAUCAGGCGCAGUACAAUUCCAGCCUCUCUAUUGACACGGACUUUAUAGACACCUGGUCCCAGUGUUCCUCCCCCGUGUCCCCGGACCCCAGCUACGUCACGAGUCCCUGCUCCCCCUCCUACGGUUCUCCCUUCGACUCUUUCAGUGUCCAGCCUUACAACGAGAAGGUAUACCCUGACUUCAACUUCCCCUCGUACGAGCAAACCAAUAUGGGUAUGGGUGUGGGUGCAUCCCAGCGCUCAGUUCUCAAAUAUCGAACUGGACUUCUCGGCUUUCAUGAUGACCUCGCUUCCUCAAUACGCCUGAACGUCGUACUCGUCACGUCUCCCUCCUCCGGCGUCAAAACUCAACCGGGACCUUCUUGGAUAUCUAACUCUAUGUCUCAACCAUAUCUUUGGACUUUGUGUACAAUAUUCACGCCGGCAAGGCGCGCCUUCGUUCUUCAUGACUCCUUCAAUGGUUCCUCGCACCUCAACUCCACGACUCCCCACGCUCACCCAUUCAUCCAUGUAUGUAUUCAUAUUUGCGAGCUCAAGGCCUUUGACUGCCUGUGCGUUUCCUUCACUUAUACGCUUAUUUCAUUGAUACUGCUCACCACACACACUCCUUCUCGCUGCCUCUCAUUCUCCUCUUAUCUCCUCGGUGUCCUGGGGGCACAUGCGAUCCCUCUCACAUUUAUCGCUUCUUCUUGA